AUGGUUUCCGCCAAGGAAAAAGGGUCUGGAGGGUCUUGUUUUUCACGGGAUACUCCUUUCUUUUGCUUUCUUUAUAUUCUUUCGAUUAGAUAUCAGCUUUAUCAUUCUUUAUAUCAUGAUACUCGCCUUUGCGGCGCUAUCCAAGAACGAGACAUGAUUCUCGAUAAUCUCUCUCUCUCUCUCUCUCUCUCUCUCUCUCUCUCUUUCUUUCAUUCAUUCUUUCGUCCUGGGGCUUUAUCCAGAGUGAUAACAGCCCACACGUCCCAUCGUGCUUUGCGUCGAGCUAAAGGGAUUAGUGACUGGCGCAAAGGCAAGAGAGAUGACGAGACCGAGACUCUCUCUCUCUCUCUCUCUCUCUCUCUCUCUCUCUCUCUCUCUCUCUCUAUCUCUCUGUCUUUCUCUCUCAUUCUCUCUCAAUGGAUGAACGCAUGCGCAAAACAGCGGAAUUUUCUAUCUUCAUUUGCCUCAUUUCAUUAA